AUGUCGCACAUCACAGAGCACCCAUCCCGGGCGAAGCGAAGAAAGCUCGACGAGCCGCAGCCAGAGCAACCGGCGACGAUCACAUCAAACAUCAAGAACCCAUCUCAACUGCGCGAGCUGUUAGCUGUCCAGCAAAAUGCUCCGCUCGCGAAGCAAGGAAUUAAUAAAUUUAAGGAAUUCCUAUUGUCCAUACCACACGCCGAGAACGAAGCCGCCAAGACCGAGAAACUGCGUGUCCUCAAGAAUUACUGCGACAAGCAAAUCUCUAACUCCGGAAAGGAGGACGAGACCUCGGUCUGUUUUCCUGACUUGAUCGCCUCCUGGGCCUUUGCGGAUGGAAACAACAACGAGCCCCUCCUAACCGCUGUACCUGCCAUCCUCGCGCUUUUCUUCAAGACAAUCUCCUCGGAAUUGGAAUUUCGGGAAUUCGGAAUUGCACUUUGCAAACAUCUGCUACAGAAAGAUCAACUGAGACUUUUCAAUCGUGGUCUUACAGCAACUAAGUCUAAGGAACAUCUUAUCUCACCAUGUUUGCGGUUGCUUACAGAAAUGGUGACCUUCGACGGAGGAGCUGUGGCACGACAAUUGUAUCUGCGACGUUACAUUACCUUCAAGCGGUUGGAGGUCUUCUUGACCCCCAAUAAGGCCCAGGAAGGCUCGGAGGGCGAUCGCAGCAAGUCUACUCUUCGACUCAACGCCCAGCGCUACCUACUUGCGAACCUGAGAGUCCAGCACGCAUCUGAAAAAGGUGACAUCAUCGAGCAGCAUAAAAUCACCCGAUCUUUCCUCGAAUACAUUCGGAAGGAUUCCCGGGAGAAUGUGCUGGAAAUCAUCAAAGCUAUUGAGAGAGAUGUGGUGCAAGAUGCCAAUCUCUCCCGCAAGUCAAAGAGCAAGUUCUUUAACAGACACAAUUUGGAGCGUCUGGUGACACUCUACGGCUAUGACCGUGAGUCAGAUGAGCCCAACCCUGACGGUAUUGUGGUUGCCAACGAGAUUCACCGGGUGAUGAUGAAUGUCUGCAAUACUGCCGGACUUGGUGUUUUGUUGCCCGAGACCGGCUGGUACCCGGUUGGAACCGAUCCAGAGACGUUGCCCGUUGACGAUGAUUCAUGCAUUGAGUUGGGCCUGGACUCCCCCAUCUAUGUUGACAAAUACAGGGAGAAUGUCCCAGUGAGAAACGGGUCUCUUUCUUUCCUCAUUCAGUGUUUGCGGCCGGACCAGGAUAGCCUCCAGAUUGAAUUGCUGGUGACAAUUUUCAAGGCUGCGCCAGAGUUGAUUGCCGAUUUCUUUUCGCGGAAGACCAUGUUCAUCUCAGAUCCCAAAGCCACGCCCUCAUGGAUGGCUGAGUCGGCUUUCCUUUUCUCCACUGUUCAAUUACCUGUCCCUGCCAAUUGCGGCUGGAAGGACAAGCAACCAAUCCUGCCCCCGCCAGUCUCUAUCGCCAUCGAGAACAUUCUCCCUCGUCCUCUGAGCCAGAAGAUUAUGACUCGUUGCCUCAACCAAAACACAGAAAUCAUUACAUUGUUUGCUGUCCGAAUUCUGACCGUCGCAUUCGCGAAACUUCGCGCCACUCUCAAGGUUUUCCAGGCCGACCACGGCCAAGGUCAACUGUUCUGGAACCAAGCCACGGCAAAACUUCUGGCUGAAUUCUCCCGCCGAUGCCCCGCUGUGAAGGAUGUAGUUGUUCUCUUCCGCAGAACAGACAAGGAUGAUUUGACUCAACAAGAGGCCGUUGCAGAGCUUUUGACAUGUUACUAUGAAGUCAUGCCCGACAUCGCUCUCGAGGAGAACUUUGAUGUUUCGUUGGUUCUAGUCGACGUGCUUAAGCGUUUGGAGGCCUCUGAUGUCAAUGCAGAUGAUUCCGAGUUGCUUCUGGGCCAACUCCAAAGCAUUCUCCAGAUUGCUCAGCAAUCAGCCUCUUUGCGCUGGUGGCAGAAGCCGGCAAACAUGCAGUAUUCACCAUUCACCUCAAUCUUGAAAGUUCUCAUGGACACGUCAGACAAAGAUUCCUCGCGGCGAAUCUCUACUCUGCUAAAAACAGUGCUUGUCGAGAACUCCAUUUUACGGAGCUCUCCCCUUGCAUUCGUCUCCAUUUUAUCCAGCCUUGAGAACUCCGAGCCAAGCGCUUUGCACCAACAGCUAGUUUUCUUUGAUAAUUGUGUCUCGCGUGUUGCUAAGAAGCCUGUUCAUUACCUGGAUCUCCUUCAGUCAUUGUCCACGGACUCUGAGACUGUCAGUGCACUUGUGGCGGUUGUCGUGGAACAGUGGCCGUUCGUGGUGAAAGCCGGAGAUGCCUCCACUGCAACCGCUGUUGGAUCAUGGAUUGCCAGUCUGUUCGCAAACCUGAAACAGGCAGGGGAAAGUGCUAAGGCGCUUAAAGCUGCUCGUGAUGCAUUAGUCGAAGCAACCGAGACCAAGAAUAUCAAGUCCCUCCUCAAAAAGUCUCUCAAGGGGGAUGAAGUUGACAUUGAAGAUAAAAUGGACAUCGACUCUGGAUCAAGCCUGCCCACACAGACCAAAAAGGCCCCAAUCAUUGAUCUUGAUGAGAUAUUCGGAUUCCUGCCCACAGAGGGCACUACCCACAAUGCCCUCCACAAGUGGGAACGCGAAGACAUCGAAGAGGCGAUUGAUCAGGACCAUCUUGCCGAACUGAUGCUGUGCAUCUGUUCAGAACACGAAGAGGUUCGCAGACAGGCCUUUGCCGGCCUCAUUCGCUUCAUGGCCAAGCUCAAGGAGUCCAAGUAUGAGGAAUGGCGCACGGUCUUCACCCUGUGCGGAGAGCUUCUUGAAACCGUCAACAACAUUGGCUUGGAGAAGCCUGUUCCCUGGAUUGUUGGUGAAUGUGCCGCAAAUUGCCUGGCCGUUCUCACAAACCCCCUUCACAAGGUCUAUGGCAAGGUCAACAAGUUCCUUCAAAAGGCACCUGUGUGGGAAGUUGAAAAGAUUCCCACAUAUUGGGUUGACAAGAUACUCCUCCAUGAGCCUGAGCUCGAUGACGGUUACUUUGACGAGAUUGACUGGCUCCUUAAUUUGUUUGUCAAGGCUCUUCGUACUGAGGCUGAUAUGGAAGUUUACCGACGUGCAAACGUCUUUGAGCGGCUGCUUUCUCUCUACCAAUCCCCAACCCUUGGACCGGCAGCUCGCCGCAAGAUUUUGCACAUCGUGUACCGCGGUGCCCAGGUUGGUGGAAGUACCACUUUGAUCACUCGCUCAGGUAUCAUUAGCUGGAUCCAGAUUCAGGCCGCUGAGGCUGGAGAAAAGGAGCAUGCUCAGCUUGCAGCGUUGGCUCAUGCUUUAUAUGACAAGUGUGAUAGGCAGCGGGUUGAUGCUUGGAGUAACGGGACAUUGGGUGGUGUUAUCGAUGAAAUUCAAAUGUAG